CAACAGUCAUCCGACUAGCAUCCAAGCGGCAAUAUCUCGAAGUUUAAGUUUCGAAGUUAACACAAAAUACCAAGAUGUUCCGCAUUAUCGCUGUGAUCUUUGCCCUGGCUGCCAUGGCCUUCGCUGCUCCUGGUUACAUUGAGCCCUCCUACGGAGUGGUUCCUGUGGCUCACGUGGUUCCCGUGGUGAAACACGUUCCGGUGGUGAAGCAGGUUCCGGUGGUGCAGCACGUUCCCGUGGUCAAGCACGUCCCAGUGGUGCAGCAUGUCCCCGUGCUGAAGUCCUACGGAGUAGCAUCCUAUGGAGUGCCCGCCUACGGACACCAGAUCUACCACGGUUAAAUUUGGAAAAAAACACUAUUGACAAUGACCGGAAAUAAAUAAAUUGACUAAAUUG